AUGUUUGUAAUAUCUGUGCAUCUCUUGUUCUUACAUGUUCUCUUUAUUUUUGAUACCAUUCAGUUGUUAAUGCCAGCUUUUGCAGAGGUGCUGUGCAUUUUGGGAGCUGGUGUUCAAGCAUACAGCCACUAUGAAAUCCUCACAGAACUCUUCACAUUUAAAGAGGUCAGGAUAUGGAAUCGCAGCAAGGAGAAAGCAGAGAAGUUUGCCAGCUCUGUCCAUGGUCCCGUGCAGGUUUGCUCCUCUGCCCAGGAGGCCGUUGUUGGGGCUGAUGUGAUUGUAACAGUCACCAUGGCAACAGAACCCAUCCUGUCUGGGGCCUGGGUAAAGCCAGGUGCCCACAUCAAUGCUGUUGGAGCAUGCAGACCAAACUGGAGAGAACUGGAUGAUGAACUGAUGAAGAAUUGCUUUCUGUUUGUGGAUUCCAAAGAGGCUGCUCUUACUGAAUCAGGAGAUGUUAUAUUAUCAGGGGUAAGACUUUUGUUUGUUGGUACAGCUGAAGAACUGUUUGAAGGUGCCUUUAAUUCUUUUUCAGGGCUGGCAGUUGAAGAUGCAGUAGCAGCAAAAUUUGUUUAUGAUGCGUGGUCAGCUGCAAACUAAAGGGGAAGUCUACAAUGCCAAUGAGGCCAAGAGAAUGGUUUGCACUUGGUUUCCUUGGAUCCUUUGUUAACAAGAAAGGCACCAAUCUCAUCUGAAAGUAGCCCUUCUAGAACACUCAAGAA